AUGGUUUUGGAGUGGUUACAAGAUGUGGCGCUCCGCAGCGGCAGUAGAGGUUAUCUGUCGUUAUAUGACACCGUUUCCUCGCAAAAAUUACCUUCUUACAAUACUUUCAUCUCAUUCUUGGCUCUUUCUCAUGUAAACCCUAAGAUUGCUCAUUCUUCUUUCGCAAUUGGGCGCAGAGAUUAUUCUUCAUCUCCUAGCAAUACAUUCAUUUCGACAAAGGGUAAACUUAGGGUUUCGAACAGGUUUGAGAAUGUCAAGUGUUUAGAUGAUGCUGUGAGUGUGUUCCGUCAAAUGGUUAGAGAGCAGCCUCUUCCUUCUCCUGUCAGCUUCUCGAAAUUGCUGAAAAUUAUGGUAAAUAUGAAACAUUACUCUGAUGUUGUUUCUCUCUUUGGGGAAAUGCAGAAAUUAGGUAUUUCAACUAAUGAAUUCAUCUUGAGUAUAGUGAUUAACAGUUAUUGCCUCAUGCACCGUGCUGAUUUAGGAUUUUCUGUAUUAGCCAUUUUCUUCAAAACUGGCAUUCCAUAUAAUGUUGUUACCUUUAACACCCUAAUAGGGGGACUCUUUGCUGAAAAUAAGGUUAAAGAUGCGGUUCACUUGUUCAAAAAACUAACGAGAGAGAAUAUUUGUGAGCCUAACGAAGUCAUGUAUGCAACUGUCAUGAAUGGGCUUAGCAAAAGGGGCCAUACUGGAAAAUUUUUUAGUUUGCUCCGAUUAAUGGAACAAGGAAGCACUAAGCCUGACACAUGCAUAUAUAGCAUUGUUAUAGAUGCCCUUUGCAAAGAUAGAAUGCUAGAUGAUGCUAUCAACCUUUUAAACGAGAUGAAACAGAAAGGCGUUCCACCAGACAUUAUCACAUAUAGUUCAUUGAUUGAUGGUUUGUGUAAGUUUGGUCGGUGGGAAAAUGUUAGGACUAUGUUUGAUGAAAUGGUUAAUCUUAAUAUUUAUCCCACUGUGUACACCUUCAGCAUAGUGAUCAAUGGGCUAUGCAAAGAAGGAAAAGCUGAAGAUCGCCGAGGAAAUAAUGAGACACAUGAUCAGAAAAGGUGUGGAGCCUACUGUGGUCACCUACAAUGCAAUAGUAGAUGGAUACUGUUUGCGUGGUCAAAUGGAUAG